GUCUUGAUUAAUAUAACAGCUACAUAAAUGCGUACUUAUUUAAAACGUAGGAUGUAAAUCUAUAAAUAUUUAUUAGGCUUAGAAAUAAAACACUUCUUUAACACGGAGUUUACUGUCAUGGCAACAAUGAGUCGUGUCUCAUCUCUCGUAAAUGAACCCCUGCAGUGCAAGACGGCUCCACACUGCCCUCCAUCUGCAGAGCUGACCCAAAAUAAAGCACCUCAUUUCCAGCCCAUCAGCGUGAUUCGUCACACAUCUGAUCCUCUGAAUUAUCCUUCCUCAGAGAAAUCCCCCGUCCAGACCCGCUUCAAAAGCCCUAGUGACAGGGAUUCUGACCUAACUAUCGAACAUGUAAGCUCUGACCAUGGUUUCAUCACGUCGUCUAAAGCCACACAAUGCUCCGCCAGGAUGCCCUCGGCGUGCUCAACCACGGCAUCAUCCGUAGCAGUGUUCCAAAUGCUUCCGUGUACAAUGAUCAGCACACUGCCUCUGUCUAUAGUUAACCCACAAGGUUUAGUCGCUUUUCACGUUCCCACCAUGGUACUGGCGGGCACCAAGGUCACGACCUUCAGUCCGGUAGUAAAGAACCCACCACGGCUACGCUGCCACAUCUGCACCCAUGCUGACUGCGGAAAAACGUAUCUGAAAAGCUCCCACCUGAAAGCACACCUGCGCACACACACAGGUGAGAAGCCAUUUAGGUGUCAGUGGGAGGGCUGUGAACGGCGUUUCUCACGCUCGGAUGAACUUUCCCGCCACUGGCGCUCUCACACGGGGGAGAAACGCUUUACCUGCCCCAAAUGCAACCUCCGCUUUAUUCGCAGCGACCACCUAGCCAAACACAAACGUCGCCAUUAUACAGUCAAGAGAGCUCCAGCCUUGCACGGACAAAUCAGCCGGACUGGCAGCUUCAACACAGGAGCUCGUGUUCUUCUUCCUAUCACACUUAAACCACCGGUCUGAAGCAAGAGCAGGACUGAUUAGAGCAUGUUUUUUUUUUUAUCUUUACAUUGAGACUUUCUAUUCUAAGUUAAACCUUGUUAGAGUGAAGAAAUAAAACACACACUCAAGCGCACACUCAUUUACUGACAGUGUAAUUCCAAACAGAAGAACGUUACAUCUUUCAUCCGAGGAAUCAAACACAACUCUCGUUCAAAAUCACACUUAUAUUUUUCAGCUCUGUUCAUUGUCUACACAGGUCCUGACGUUACCAAGCUCCUCCAACAGCACUUACAGAUUACCAUAUAGCACUUUCUUUAACGCGCUUCAAACAGCACACACACGUGUAUAUAUAAUCAAUAUAUACAACAUACAAUUAAAAACUUUUAGGCAUGUGCAGAUAAACUGGAUAUAUCUCAGUAUGUAAAACACAAACAUUAUUCAGGACUAAAUAUCAUCUCUGGAAAUGUUUGAUUCUGAAAGAAGCUUCUUUGCACAAGAACACUAGUGACGUGCGUUCCCUUCCCACCCCCCUGCCUUGGUCGAAUAUCUAAGCUGUUUGUGAGAUUAAAAUA